UCGAGCCAAGCCUAUGCAUACAAAAGUAGAAAGGAAAAAAAAUCUCGGUUUUCUGUCCUGAUUCACAUCAAUCGACAGUGACUUUCAAGGCUGAACCAUUAACUGCACAUAGUCAAACAGCAGAAAGUAAUACUACGAAACAACAUCUUGAAUUUGUUUGAAGGAGGACAACGACCAUAUAGCAGGAAUGGUUCAUUGAUAUGCUUCCAGUAUAUGCCUAGUGCCUGCAGAUAAACAAAUGUGUCUGCCGAAUCAUGCCUUGUCCAGCGAAAAUGAACGGGGAGGAACUUUUUCGCUAAGUCCAAAUCAUCCUUCAAAUCAAAAUCUUCUGGUACAGCGCGAGACUACCUGCUUGCAUCCCCAAUAGUCAACCAAAUCACGAUUUCUCUUACAGAGUAAUAGGUGGAAUCAUUGACUUUUUCACCUGCAGGCUCAUACUUUUCUCUGAAUAACAGCUACAAAUUCUACUCUUAACUUUAACGACUCUACUGAUACAUGCAUCAGUAUUAGUAUCGCAGAAGAACCAUAAACAGCAACACAAUCUCAUGACUCCAUUAUCCUCCAUGGAUGCAGCUGCAGCUUUUUGCCUCCUGCUUAUUGUAGCCACUACAGCUUCCUGCUCCGUGUAUGCACAACAAACCAAUGUUGGCUGCACCACAAAAGAGAGGGAUGCACUGCUCUCGUUUAGAGCUGGCAUCACAAGUGAUCCACAGAAUCCCCUUGCCUCGUGGAGUGGCAAGGACUGCUGCCAGUGGAGAGGUGUCGAGUGCAGCAACAACACGUGCCAUGUCAUCAAGGUUGACCUCUGCAACAAAUUCUUCCUAGAUGACCUCUUUGCUCCAUUCUACUCUCCUAGUUUUCGCGGGAUGAACGGGAAGAUAAGUCACGGCUUGCUUACUCUGCGUCAUCUGAAGUACCUUGAUCUCAGUGGGAACCAUCUCGGGGGAGUAGGUAUACCCAUACCGAGUUUCCUGGGCUCCUUCCGGAGACUGAUAUAUCUCAACCUCUCUUGCAUGGAUUUUGAUGGUAUGGUGCCUCCUCAACUAGGAAAUCUUUCGAAACUGCAAUAUCUUGACCUUGAUAACACUUACUAUGAUUAUAGUGGUUAUGAUAAUGUUUUACAAAGUGAGGAUUUGUCAUGGUUACCACGUCUCCCUUUUCUAAGGUUUCUUGACAUGAGUGGUGUCAAUCUUAGUACCAUUGGCCAUUGGGUUCAAGUGGUUAGCAUGCUUUCUAAUUUAAGGGCUCUCCAUCUUCGUCGGUGCAAACUUGUUUUUACAUACACACCUCUUGUGCAUCGGAACCUCACAUCACUUAAGAUGGUUGAUCUAACAAGUAACAUGAUUGCCAACUUGAAUCCCGCCUACUGGUUUUGGGAUGCUGACACCAUCAGGCACCUUGACCUAUCAUACAAUUGGGUUGUGGGUCCACUUCCAGACGCAGUAGGGAAUAUGACUUCCCUUGAAGUACUUCAUCUUGGAGGCAAUCAACUUAGUGAUAUGAAGGCAAAAACACUGAAAAAUCUAUGCAAUAUGAGAGAGUUCAUUGAGUUCAAAUAGAAUCAACCAAGAUAUUUCAGAAUUUUUGCGGGGGUUGCCUUCAUGUGCAUGGACUAAGUUGGAGUUGUUAGAUCUAACAUCAACAAAUAUCAGCGGGGGAAUUCCGAACUGGAUAAACCAAUGGACUAAUCUGAGCAUUAUUCAACUCUCCGCUAAUAGGCUUGUUGGAUCAGUACCUCUUGAAAUUGGUAUGCUCAGCAAGCUCAGUCAUCUGCAUCUAGAUUACAACCAGUUCAACGGCUCUAUUCUAGAGGAACAUCUAGCCGGUCUAGUGAAUUUGAAGGAAUUGGACUUGUCUUACAACUCACUGCACAUGACGAUCAGGCCAAAUUGAACUAGUCCGUUUAAAUUGAAACUAGCUUAUUUCCCAGGUUGUAAAAUGGGGCAUCAAUUUCCUUUGUGGAUUCAAGGGCAGAGGGAUGUUAGUUUUCUUGACAUUUCUGAUGCGGGCAUAGUUGAUUAUCUCCCAGAAUGGUAUUGGAGUGUUUUUUCAAAUGUUGAAUACCUUAACAUCUCUUGCAACCAAAUUAGUGGAAGGUUACCAAGGUCACUAGAUUUAUGUCGUCAGCUGAGAUAUUUGACCCCAAUUCAAACAACCUCACAGGUACCCUACCACAGUUACAUAAGCAUUUGGUAGAACUUGACAUCUCCAAAAACUCUUUAUCAGGGCCAUUACCACGAAAAAUUAUCGCCCAAAA